AGCCGCCGGCCCGGAGAGGCACAGUGACGGACAGGCGUCCCAGCAGUUCACUCGCAGUAGGCUAGUACUCCCCAAGAUAACAGCAUGUUGGUUCAUGUGUUGCUGUUUGCACUUGUGGCCUGCGCCGCCGCCUUCGAGGACACUGUGAACCUGGUGCCGGCUGAUGGCGCUGCCGCCGACCCCCGGUUUUUCUUCAUUGGUAACACCACGGGCCUAACCAUCAAUCUGGGCACAAUCAUAGCCAGUGCCGUGGCCGGACUGGCCGGUCUUAUCCUGCUCGCUGGACUCGCCUAUCUGCUCUAUCUGUUGAGCGCCGGUGGAGACGAGACAGGCUACUCAGGCUACCCAGCGUAUGGCGCCUCUGGCGGCCACCACGCGAGCGGCUACUCCGCCCGUUCUGCGUCCGGCUCUGACCCGUACUCGGCCAUCUGGGACAACCUGUCCGUCCUCGACUGGAUCGCCAUGAUGGAGGAGGUCUACCGCAAGUUCGACGCCAACAAGAUGGAGUGCCAGCAGCGCGUGGUGUGCGAGCUCCACCAGAACGAGAACACCUGGGGCUCGACCGCCCGCAAGAUGAACGACGCUUUCGGCUACCUGCAGUACCUGGAGCUGCUGAACCUGCCCGCCGACCUGCGCGUGGUGCUCGACCAGUACCUGGAGGCCGCCAACCGCGGCCGCUCCAGCCAGAAGAGCUGCGAGGAGCUCUACGCCAACUGCGAGUUCAGCGUCAAGGCCCUCAUCAGCAAGUACAACGGAUCCAACAGCAUCUAAACGCCGCCUAACCGACAGCAACCGUUGUUAACUUAUUGAUAGUUAUUUAUUGCCAAGCCGGGCAGUUGCGAGCGUGCCAGUGAUGCGGCCUGGUGCGCGUGCGCAAAGGAGACGACUGACUGCCGGCGGACGCCAGUGUACAUAGGACAUGUGACGCACGACAAAGCCUAGUCCAACAUUCUGCCCUCCAUUCCCGCAGUGCGACGGGACUGUAGCUCAACUAGUAGUCGCGCCCAGCUGCGUUCAUGCAUUCGUUACAAAUAGAAUCAGCUUAGUCCCUGACCAACGACCGACACAGGACCUGACAUUGUGACUGCAAAGGGAGAGAGAGGGUGGGAGGGAGGGAGAGGGAAAGAGGCCGGUAAGGGCCCCGACGCUUGACUGACUGCUGCGCUGGCGGCGCGACAGGUGCUCACAACGCAUUGCUAGACUGUGUUUUAGUUUGCUGACCGACACUUGUUGACUUGUCAUCCUACGACAGGGAUUGUUUAUUGUUGCCUGUUGUUCUGCAUACAUGCCCCCUGAUGUUGUUGUGUUAUUUAUUGUUUCAUUUGACGACGACUGACGUGGCCUCACGAAAUGUGACGCGAAGAAUGACAAUAAAUUCCCCCUGAUGUACGCCUA